CAUGGCAGCUUCCCUUACCACAAGCACAAUGAAAUCAAAAUUUCAGAGCACGAUGCUGCUUGUCACCCAAAGGGAGUGUACAAAUCAAAUGGUAGUCAGGAGUGCAUGGGCGUAAGCACCGAAGGGGGCCGACAGACGAGAAUACCCUCCAAUUGUGCGGUUAGUGAGCUGAACCCUGGGGCGCAACGACCAGAGAGACUGACUUGGCGAAACCUGACACGCAGUGACGUUCACUCGAAUUGGCAACAGCAGCGCAACAAAAUCUUCCGCAAUAUCAAGUUUACCAGAUCUCCCAGCAUUUCCAAGCGUUUCUCCCGGUGUGAGGAAGGAGAGUGUAAGGAGGCGAUAUGCUACCCGGAAGAGGAUGAAAAGAUCGCCGUGGAGUCGAAGAAACCUUCCACCUUCUCACCGAAUGAAAUCCAGACGGCAGCAUGUACGAGCCAAUUUUCUGUUCGAACUGUGUGGCCCAUGUAG